ACUCUCCCUCCCACCACCACCCGACUCCCCCAGCUGAGAUAUUCGCGGAUCCCGGCUACAGAAAUUUCCCCCAAAUCUUCCUCCCCUCUUCCUCGUCGUCUUCUUCUUCUUCUUGCCCGGGGACCUUCCAGAAGCUUCUCGAACCGACCGACAGGCCGUGCCGCGGGCGGGUGGGCGAGAUCCGGUUGCGGCGGCCAUGGUGAAGGAGACCGCCUACUACGAAACCUUGGGGGUCAGCGUCGACGCCUCCCCCUCCGACAUCAAGAAGGCCUACUACGUCCAGGCCAGGCUGGUGCACCCGGACAAGAAUCCCGGCAACCCCGACGCGGCGCGCAAAUUCCAGGAUCUCGGAGAGGCCUACCAAGUCCUAAGCGAUCCAGCGAAGAAGGAGGCUUAUGAUAAGCAUGGAAAGGAGGGUCUUUCCCAGGAUAACAUGGUUGAUCCUGCUGCUGUAUUUGGGAUGCUUUUCGGAAGCGACUAUUUUGAAGAUUAUGUUGGUCAGCUUGCUCUGGCAUCCAUCGCUUCAGUGGAGGUUGAUGAAGGUUUAAGCAGUCAAGAUGCCAGAGCAAAGGUUCAAGAGAAGAUAAAAGAGUUGCAAACUGAAAGAGAGAAAAAGCUUACUCAGAGCCUAAAGGAUCGACUUCAGCCAUAUGUGGAUGGUAGAAAGGAUGAUUUUGUGCACUGGGCGAAUGCAGAAGCCAAGCGUUUAUCAGAAGCAGCUUUUGGUGAGGCUAUGCUUCACACUGUUGGAUAUAUUUAUGUAAGGCAAGCGGCAAGAGAACUUGGAAAGAGUAAAUUGUAUAUGGGUGUACCAUUCAUAGCUGAGUGGGUAAGAGACAAGGGUCAUACCAUUAAAUCACAAGUUCAUGCUGCUUCAGGUGCUAUUGCUCUGAUGCAGCUACAAGAAGGAAUGAAAAAGGUGGAGGAGGGUGCCGACAAGGAAGAGCAGCUUAUGAAGAGUUUUGAGGAGAAAAAAGAAGCCAUGCUUAAUUCUCUAUGGAAAAUUAAUGUGGUCGAUAUCGAGUCAACUCUUUCCCGAGUAUGCCAAGCAGUUCUUAAAGAUAGCACUGUCUCAAAAGAUGUUCUGAAGUUGCGAGGAAAAGCGUUGAAAAAGCUUGGAACGAUAUUCCAAGGCGCGGAAUCUCUGUACCAUCGUGAGAACAGCCUACGUGUGGAGUCUCCGAUGAAAGAGGAUGGAACGACAUCGUCGCACUGAAGACUGAUAACAUUUUUAACAAUUUGUGAAUUAUUCGGAUCUCUGUGCAUUAUUGUCUGCUUGUAUUAUUUUGACACAGCAGGUUUGCUCUGGACGCACCCUGUAUGUAUGGGUUUCCUUGUUUUCUGUAAAAAGGGUGAAUGCUGAGACACGAAGCAUCUCUGUUAUUGACCCGGCAUUCUUUCUUGUGGGCUGUUGCUUAGCCAGUGUAUCACAUUAACAUUUCCUUUUUCCUUUU